AGGUCUGCAUGGGCAGUGGUCAGAAGGCGUUUUGGGAGGUUUGAGGCUUCACAGGACGUAAGGACAAGUGACAGUAUUGGUACUCUAGUCUCAGAUAAUCGUUGAGGAUACAGCCUUUCCAACUCGGGUGUCCUGUUCUCUUCCAGAUGUCGCUGAGCCAGCCGCAGUCGGGACGAGGUGUGCCUUGCUUACGCUGCAGAGGGACGUGCGCGGGCUUCGAGCCACAUUCUUGGAGGAAAAUCUGCAAGUCGUGCAAAUGCAGCCAGGAGGAUCACAGCCUGAGCUCGGACGUGGAGGACGACCGGAAAAUCGGGCGCCUGCUGUCGGACUCCAAGUACGCCACGCUCACCGCCCGGGUGAAGGGAGGUGACGGCGUUCGCAUUUACAAAAGGAACCGCAUGAUCAUCACCAACCCCAUCGUCUCUCGGAAAGACCCCACCUUCGACACCAUCACGUACGAGUGGGCUCCCCCGGGACUCACCCAGAAGCUGGCCAUGCAGUACAUGGAGCUGAUCCCCAAGGAGAUGCAGCCGGUGGCGGGGACGGACGGGGCCUGCUAUCGCCGGCGGCAGCUGAUGAGACAACUCCCGCUGUACGACCAGGACCCGUCGCAGUGCCGCGGCCUCGCCGAGGGCGAGCUGAAGCUGAUGGAAGACUUCGUGAAGAAGUACAAAGCCGAGGCGCUGGGCGUCGGGGAGGUGGCACUGCCGGGCCAGGGCGGCGGCGGGAAGGAGGAGGGGAAGCCGCAGGGCGAGGGCAUCGUUGCCGGCAAACCCCCCGAGACCACCAACGGGGCCCUGGAGAGCGCGCCCGCGGCAGGGCACUACCGCUGCGAGACCUGCAAGCAGGCGGUGCCGGGGGACUGCCCGGUGGUGUACGCCGACCGGGCCGGCUACUCCCGCCAGUGGCACCCGGCCUGCUUCGUCUGCUGCCGCUGCUCCGAGCCCCUCGUCGACCUCAUCUACUUCUGGAAGAGCGGGGCUGCCUGGUGCGGGCGGCACUACUGCGAGAGCCUCCGCCCGCGCUGCGCCGGCUGCGACGAGAUCAUCUUCUCGGAGGACUACCAGCAGGCAGGAGGGAUGGCCUGGCACAAGAAGCACUUUGCCUGCCUGGAGUGCGAGACGCUGCUGACCGGCAAGCCCUUCGCUCUGGACAACGCCAGCCUCAAGUGCACGACCUGCAGCAAAAGCAAACGCCUCUGAGCCGAGCGCCCCGAGGUCCCGCCAGAACUGCGGUCAUUCGACAAGCACAGGAGAAGGGGAAGGUUAAAACAAAAUUAGAGCCUGGCUGUUCACCUGCAAGCAACUCAGUGCCCCCCUUGCAUCCAGUACAGCUUGCAGGAGAGCGUUGCCUUGAGGAGGAAGCAAAGGAGGCUCGUGUGCUUGCGGGUGGGAGGUGCGCGGUCUGUCUGGCGUGGAGGGACUGAGAAGGAGGUUCUGUUUGUGCUGGGUUUUUAUUAAGCGUCUCCAAGCUGCUUCUGACUAAGAUCUUGCAAUAGUCUUUUGGAAAUAACACAUCUCAAAAGUAACUUUCGGCAUACUAAACCUACGGUCAUGGUCAAAACCAAGAGCUGUUCCUAUUUUUCGCGCUCUGUACUGGAAGUUUACACUAAGAGGCUCCUGACAACUGUACUGAAUCAAUGGGUUUGAAGAAUUUGAUGAACCAGGGCGAUUACUUUCUGAAAACAAACAGUAUGUGGGGUGAUUACUUUCUGAAAACAAACGGUAUGGAAUUGCAGCAACACGCAGCUGUGGCUUUCUCCUCCUGAGUGUCCGAUAACGUAGAAGUGUCGCGCUGGCCCCCAGGGCGGUGGGUUUAACCCUGGCGAGAUGAGGGGAAGGGCUCAGCCCUGCCCGGGGCAGCCGCCUGCCUCAGCCCACGCCGGCUUCAGCCCUGAAACCGGAAUGCAAGAGCGUGGCUGGGGUGUCCCGUGAACGGGCCCCCACCGGCUCUCGCCGCGGGCGAGCGGGGUGCCCGCAGCGCGGCACCGCGCUCCUGCCGCCGCGCUGGGGCUCGGCGAGCGCUUGAAGUACGCGCCUACAUUUCAGCUGGGUUUCAUGGGGAAUUUUAUGGAAAGCAGCUUUGCAGGCGGAGCUGUCUUGGGGCAGGGGGUUGUGCCUGAACUGCUGCAAUGCCAGUUCCUCCCUGUAGCGGGUCAAUGCCCCCCUCCAGGUACCAGGGAACCGUACCUCCCCCUCGGAGCCCGCAGCACGCUCGCCCCCUUGCCCCGCAGCUCUCCUGUCCCCAGGGGACAUCCCCGUCGCCUCGGGGAUCUGGUAGGGGUGACACCAUCCCAGGAUCCGGCACUGAGCCUGCGGAUAGUAUUUGUUCCCUACAUCAAGCGGCGCUUCUGGUGGUCACUGAGGAUAGCAGAUAGCCCAGGCUGGCCGGUGUCUGUGUGCUCAGUCUUUUUUCAUACCGAAAAUGUCUACAUUAUUUGCCAGAGAACUGGAAUUUUUUUUUUUUUUUUUUUGCAGAGGUGAGUGUGCAAGGAGCUCACAAUCGCUGGGUUUUCUUUCUGCUCCCGAGCACGCUGGUUUAAAGCGUGCUCCGUGCUGCGGAUGUUUGCUUGCUUAUGCUGAAGCAACUUGCAAAGGAGGGGUGGGGGAAACUGUGCCUGCCGCAGGGUUAGAGCGGCAGAGCCCCUUGUUGGGGCGAGACUGGUGGGGUGUAAAGACAUACCUGGGGGAAGGGGGUGCGUGAGCACCUCUUAAGUUUUGUCCGGCCCUGUGCUGUGGCUGCUGUUCCUGGAAACGCUGGGGGAUUCAAAGCAAGCAAACAUAAAUGCUGCUGCUGGAGCAGAGCAGGAAAAUCCUGAGGUGGGAGCGACGGCUGUAGCCAUGGGGUGACGGGGGGGGGGGGGG